UUCUCCGUGAGACCGUUUUCACUACCGACUGAGGGGCAAUUGCUGUGAUCCGGACACUGUGACCCGCAAUCCCGGGAUAGUCCUGUUCUCUUCCCUCUCUCUUAGCCCCACGAUCCCUGCACGGACCCCGGGGAGCUUCCGGCUGAUGGGGGAAUGGGAACCGAUGGAUCUCUCAGACAGAGCUGAGCUCCAGCUGUCUAAAUGCAAGGAUCGGGAACUCGGAGAAAGGGGAAAAAAUCUUUUACAUCACCAGGUUAAAAAUGACGAGGAAUUUGUUUCCGGGAAUCUCGAACACAACACACCAGUUUUGCUGUCUCUGUCCAGACAUUUAAUAAGUGGAGCAAGAGAUUCACUCGAUCAUCUGACCUGCUGGCACACCUGUCAUUUUACACGGGGGAGCCCAUUCAUUUGCUCAGACAGUAGGAAUGGAUCAGUCGGUCAUCUCCACUGAAGGUACAUCAGCAAGUUCACACUGGGACAAGGACAUUCACCUGUUUUGUGUGUGAGAAGGGAUUCAGUCGGUCUUCCCACCUGUGGACACACCAGUCAGUUCACACUGGGCAGACGCUGGUUAUAUGCUGAACUUUUGGGGAAGGAUUCACUCAGUCGUCUGACCUAAUGGCACACCAGCGAGUUCACACUGGGGAGAGGCCGUUCACCUGCUCGGACUGUGGGAAGGGAUUCACUCAGUCAUCCCACCUACUGAGACACCGGUCAGUUCACACAGGGGAGAGGAUGUUCACUUGCUCUGACUGCGGGAAGGGAUUCAUGGAAUCAUCUCAACUGAAGGUACAUCGGCGAGCUCAUACUGAGGAGAGGCCAUUCACUUGCUCAGACUGUGGGAAGACCUUCACUCGGUCAUCCCAACUGAAGAUACAUCAGCAUGUUCACACCAGAGAGAGGCCGUUUACCUGCUCAGACUGUGGGAAGGGAUUCUCUUUGUCAUCUCAGUUACUGAGACACCAGUCAGUUCACACCGGAGAGUGGCCCUUCACCUGCUCGGACUGUGGGAAGGGAUUCACUAAAUCUUCUCACCUACUGAGACACCAGUCAGUUCACACUGGGGAGAGGCCAUUCACCUGCGCAGACUGUGGGAAGGGAUUCACUGAAUCAUCUCAUCUGAAGGUACAUCAGCGAGUUCACACUGGAGAGAGGCCAUUCACCUGCUCAGACUGUGGGAAGGGAUUCACUGAAUUAUCUCAACUGAAGGUACAUCAGCGAGUUCACACUGGAGAGAGGCCAUUCACCUGCUCAACCUGUGGGAAAGGAUUCACUUCGUCAUCUCAUCUGAAGGUACAUCAGCGAGUUCACACUGGGGAGAGGCCAUUCACCUGCUCAGAGUGUGGGAAGGGGUUCACACAGUUAGCUAGCCUACAAGCACACCAGUCAGUUCACACCAGGGAGAGGCCGUUCACCUGCUCAGACUGUGGGAAGGGAUUCACUCGGUCAUCUCGCCUACUGACACCCCUGUCAGUUCACAUUCGGGAGAGGCCAUUCACCUGCUCAGUGUGUGGGAAGGGAUUCACUUGGUCAUCUCGCCUACAGAGACACCAGCAAGUUCACACUGGGUAGAGGCCGAUCACGUGCUGUGAAUGUGGGAAGUAUUCACUCAGUCAUCUAACCUUAUGUAACUCUCGCUUCGGCUAACAGCUUAAUAUAGGGGGUGAUAGCCCACCAGCCGGGCGAAACUUAUGAAAUCUCGUUUUGGUGGAUGCUGUGUGAUGUGUCCUCUGUUACAAAUCAGUACCCCGAAAUAACAAACAGUACACAAUAUGUGAUUAAAUGAAUGAGAUUUAAAGUUCUUACUUUGACUGUAGGGUUAGUAAAGAAAACAAAAAGAAAGAAAAUGGGCCCACUCUCUCCAUUCACGUCUUCUCAUCUCUCCCCAGCAAAAGAUCACGAAAAUCUCUCUUCCAGACUCACAAGGAAGAACAUUUCUGUCAUUGGAUAGCCCCGCACAACAAAACCCUGUUAUCUCUAGUCAUAACCUAAACAUUGCUGCUACAGAGAAACCAUUACCUCAGCAGUGAAACACUGCACAGAGGCCGUUACUUUAGCAGUGAAACCUUACAGCGUGUUACACUUGUGACACACGACCGGGUUCACACUGGGGAGAAAGUUUGAUUAAGCUGCAUGCUGGAUAUUUGUCCAUCACCGUGCUGAAUGCAAUUUCGAGAGUGACUGUCAGUGCUGAAAUCUGCAAUAAUUGCUGCUGCUCCCCACACCCAGUUCUGCACCCUGGUCACUGGGCAUGGGAGGAGUUUCUUCUGCUGCAUAUUCACCUUUAAUGGGACUAGAGUUCAAUAUUUUGGAUCUGAGACAAAUAAAUCUGUUCUAUUUUAAACUCUGUCUCCGGUACUUGGUGAAUUUAUAAUACACCUAGUGUACAGUAGAGAGUUGACUCAGGCCGGCUGGACCCUGCCAGUGAUUCAGUUCCACGACGGUCCUUUGAAAUCCUGCCCUGUUGUUCAUCUUUCGCUCUCCCUGUGCUUAUGGGUUCCAAACAGUCACCACUCUGUGGGUGAAGAGGUUUCCCUUGAAUUUUCUGCAGACUGAAGAAGUUGAGCUGACUGCAGUUCUGUCUGAGAUGUACUUCGCCCCUCUAAUCUCUGGGCUGAGGAAGAAUGACAUUGAUAGUUAACCUCCUUAUUGAUGGCUCAUUUCCACAUUAUCGGUCAUUUUCCCUGCUUCUAAAGGGUUGUAAGGAAACACCACUGUCCUCUAAAGACUGAAAUCAGAAUGGGAAACCAUCAAUUGGAUGCUCAACGGAGCAGGGUCAGAAACCAGAGGCAGGUCUGCACAGGGCAGAGUUUGGGGCUCUGGACGAUGGUCGGGGUAAGAACGUAUGAUGAUGAGAAGAGAAUCAGCAGCGGGGUGUGGCAACGAAUGACAGAGUAGCAACAUUUGGAAGCUGAUUGACAGGGAAAAUAAUUUGGUUGUCUGACUGAUGACACAAACAAUACCCGUGGUGAGGAUGUGUUGGGAAUGGUUUCAUCUAUUGAGGGAGUUGUUCCUGCUUGUUUAUCCUGUAAUAUUAUAUCCGGAUGGUUAUUAUGGAUUGUCCUAUCUGAAAUAAUGUAUUGAUUAUCAUAUAAUUUGUAAGAUUUUCUGGAUCUGGCUUGAAUUUAUGGUACCUUCACGAAUUGAUGGAGGGCGUUCAUGAGUUUGUAUUUUAAAGCAAGAUUUUGAUGAAUGAUAUUUACCACUUGAUUGUACCUUUGUAAGUAAUUAGAUUGAGUUAAACUGCUGCAGAAUCCUGAAAUGUGUUGGAUUGUGUCUGGUUUCUCUUGGCAUUUUCUGCACUUGCUGCCUUGUUUGUUUAUAUUUCAUGUGUUUUUGAUUUUUUUUUUCCGUUUUGGAACCACCUUGUCCUGUAUUUCUGGAAGGAACCCCUCUGUUUCUGGGAAGAGGUCUCCAACUCUCAGUCAGGUGCUCGAUGCUUCCUUGUCACCAUCUCGUCUGCUCAGAUCGUUGGGAUGUCUCCCAUGGAGGGUCAUACUUCCAUAGUGAUGAUUCAUUUUUCUGAUUUGACCUCUCAUUUAAGUUUUCUGGUCUGUAUUUCUUACACAAUUGCAUAUACACACAGGGAGUGCUGAAUCCUGUUCAUUUUUGAUGAAAAUAUAUAUGAGGGGUGAUUGAUAUGUUCGCGGCCCCAGGUAGGAGUCAAUUUUAGAAAACCGAGCACAUUUAUUUUUCAACAUAGUCCCCUCCUACACGCUUAGUCCAGCUUUAAUGGAGCAUACGGAUCUUGGACCUCCAGAAAGUGUCCACAGAUGGGCGAUUAAUGAGUUCAUGGCCUAAGUUAGAAGGAGAUGAGUUUUACAGCUCUCGUUACAUGCACAUGCAGGUCAGCUCUUUGAGUGGUUAUGUGGAAAGUUUGAAGUUAAUAACUCAUUUCCUUCUACCUUGGGCACAAACCUAUCAAUUACCCCUGAUGAGUUCUUAACUUCAAACUUUCUGCAUAAUCACUCAAAAGAGUUGAACUGCAUGUGCAUGUAACGAGGGCUGUAUAACUCAUCUCCUUCUAUCUUAGGCCAUGAAUUUAUCAAUCACCCUCGUACUUAGAAGUUUUAUCUGACUGUUGUGUGAUUUUGUUUUAAUGUGUGUUAUUUCACUUCCUUCUUCUGUCCAAGGUAGUGUUAAUCUAAGUGGGUUUGAGUGUAAAUAGUCUUUUCUAAAGUUUUCCAAAGUUCUUAUUUAUCUUUGUAAAUUUUACUGAUUGAAAUGGGACGAAGAUAUUUUCACUUUAAAAAAGCCAAUGUUGGUAUUGAUGAAAGUGUUUAUUGCCUUCGUUGUAUUUGUUAACUAUUGAGCUCUGUUUGGCAGGUUUUUUUAAGCCUUGAACUAAAUUUUGUCAAAGGUUUUCCCUAUUUCACACUACUUUCUAUUUUCUUUCCUUGUUGUUAUUCCAGAUACGUGGGUGUCAAGAGUCCCAGUGAAGGGUCUUGGCCCAAAAUGUUGAUUCCCAUCCAUAAAUGCUGCCUGACAUGCUGAGAUCCUCCAGCACUUUGUGUGUCAUUCUCUAGAUUUCUAGCAUCUGCAGGUCCUCUUGUUUCCCAGAUACUUAUAUGCUUCUUGAAAGAACAAGCCAAGAACAAGCUGAUAGUGGGGUUGUGUGGAUCUGUUGGUAAAAUAUGCAAUAAAUUCAUUAGAAAGAGGUGGCAUAGGGUUGGAAGGUGUAGAAUCUGUGGGUCGAAUUAAGGAACAGCAAAUGUAAAAAAAAUCCCUAAUGGGAAUUGUAUAGAUACCCCCAAACAGUAGUAAGUAUGUGGUCCACAAAUUACAAUGGGAGAUAGAAUAUGUGUGCGAAAAGGGCAAUGUUACAAUAGUCAUGGGGGAUUGUCAUGCAGGUGAUUAGGAAAAUUAGGACGGUGUUGGUCUCAAGAGAAGGAAUUCCUGGAAUGCCAACAAGAUGCUUUUUCAGUGCAGCUCGUGGUUGAGCCCACUUGGGGAUCAGCUAUUCUGGAUUGGGUGUUGUAAUGAAGCAGAAUUAAUUAGGUCACUUAAAUUCAAAGAACCCUUAGGGGCAAGGGAUCUUUAUAUGAUCAAAUUCACCCUGACAUUAGAGAAGGAGAAGCUGAAGUCAGAUGUGGAAUAAAGAGAAUUAGAGAGGCAUAAGAGAUAAAUUGGUCAAAAUUGAUUUGCAAAGAACACGGGCAGGGAUAAAAACAGAGCAGCAAUGGCAGGAAUUUCUGGAAGCAAUUCAGAAGGCACAGGAUAUAUACAGUGGUGUGCAAGUGUUUGGGCACCCCUGGUAAGGCACAAAGUUAAAUAUAGCACAUGACCUGAUUUCCAAAAGGCAUAUAGAUAAAGAUGACACAUUUCUUUAAUAUUUUAAGCAAGAUUACAUUUUUAUUUCCAUCUUUUACAGUUACAAAAUAGCAAAAAAGGAAAAGGGCCCGAAGCAAGAGUUUGGGCACCCUGCAUGGUCAGUACUUAGUAACACCCCCCUUGACAAGUAUCACAGCUUGCAUAUGCUUUCUGUAGCCAGCUGAGAGCCUUUCAGCUCUUGUUUGGGUAAAUUUCUGGGUUCAGUCAUCAGCAGCAAAGCACUGACUGUGGAAAUUACAGAUCAGAAUAUUAUUAGAGUCACAGAGUCCAGCAGCACUGAAACAGGCCCUUCGGCCCUUCCAGUCAAUGCUGACCUGUUUGUUUUUACUGCCUAGUUCCAACUACCUGCACCAUAGCCUCCAUGCACCUCCCAUCCAUCUCAUCACCCAAAUUUCUCUUUAGUGUCUAAAUCGAACCCACAUCCACCACUUUCACUGGCAGCUCAUUCCACACUCCCACCAACCUCUGAGUGUAGAAUUCCCCUUCAGACUCACCUAAAACAAUUCACUUUCACCCUGAACUUAUGUCCAAUGUGGGGGUGAGAGGGAGGACGAGGCAGAGAGGUAAGACAGUAAGGGGACUGUAAUGUUGCCUCCUUACAACAAAACUAACCCUCUCACUGUGUCAGAAUCAAUGAUUAAAUCCAGCACCAAACACUGUGUUUUCAUUCCUGCACAUUGUAACUUGAACCAUCUCACUGAGGGUCUGAUGGAGACACAACCCCUGCCCUCUGCACAUGUGAUCACAUCUCCCCUGUUUCUGACAUUUCAAAUACCCUCAGAAUGGUUUUCUGAUUCAGUCUGAAGGUUAUGGUACAUUCAGCUCAUCGUCAGACCUGACAAACCAUGUCUUCCCACAGCUGGUUCCACCUGUUGGUGUGUCCUCUUUCCUCCACCUCCAGGGAAGCUGCAUCUCCACACAAACUCCUCACUUGAGACGACUGUCUGUACCCGUGACACAGGAAAUCACAUCACUGUCACUCUCCUGAUACCAUCCGGGAAGCGGUACCGCAACAUAAAAGCCAGGACCAACAGGCUCCGGGACAGCUUCUUCCACCAGGCCGUCAGACUGUUGAACUCACGCUGAUCUGAGUGUACUCUAUAUUACAUUGUCUGUUUUAUUUAUUAUAAACUAUUAUAAAUUAUUAUGAUUGCACGUUGCACAUUUAGAUGGAGACGUAACAUAAAGAUUUUUACUCCUGAUGGAUGUAAGAAAUAAAGUCAAUUCAAUUCAAUUCCUGAUUCCGUGUCUGAGCUGCUCGCCUCCGGGUAUCCUCCGUCAACAAGCUUCUUCCUCAGUCACC